AGCAAAGCGAUGACGUCAUCAGUGACCAAGGCAAUGACGUCAUCACCCAGCGGGGCAAUGACGUCGUCACCGACCCCAACGGCUCGCAGGGAGGGCGACCGGGAGGCCCCGCCCCCCCCUCCCACUCCCCCGCCCCCCCACCACGGCGCCGGCGCGGGGAGAAGGAGGAGAAGGAGGAGAAGAAGGACCGAGCCCGGGAGCGCGAGCACCACCGCCACGGCCGCCACGGCCGCCACCGCGCGACCCCGACCCCAACCCCGAGGUCGUCACGGCCUCGGUGACCCCGCGGAUGACCCCGGUGACCCCAUUGACCCCGCCGACCUCAAUGACCCCGCCCUUUUUUCGCGUGGAGCCCGCGGAGGACUGAGUCUCGCGGGUGAUUGUUUUUUUUUUUGGUUCCCUCCGCCUCUCCCUCCCCCCUGACUUGAUGGCGUUGACCCCCGGUGACCCCGCCGAUGACCCCGCUGACCCCAAUCACCCCGCCCAUUUUCUGUUUGGAGCCCGCGGAGGAGGACUGAGUCCCGCGGGUGAUUGUUUUUUUUCUUCCCCGGUUCCCGUGUGGCCCCGUGGGGUCAGGGGUCGGCGUCCCGUGCGACCCCCGUGUGAGACAAUAAAGCCCAGCGCUGUGGCCCGGA